AUGACUACCAAACGGGCAAACAGCACAUCAAAGGCUGCAAUAAAGAAGCAAGAUAUCACGAUAAAGCCAACUGAUGAGGAGGAGGCCAAGGCUAGAACGUAUUUUAAUCAGGAAAUCUUCGAUGAUGAGUACAAGAAUGGGUUGAAAAGUUCUAUCAAGACUUCCAAGCCUUAUCAUUGGGGAACAAUAACAGAACUUAUGAACGAUCAGUUGCUCAGAGAUGUUAGGGCUGAAAUUUUGAGUGAGAUUGUCUUCACUAAGAAAGAAACUGAUAUCUAUAAGGUCUACCAGAGUGGUGAUCUUGCUAACAUGUCUGGACUAAACUGGGACGAUUUGUCACGACUCCCAAAUCUGUACAAGCUGAGAUCAGCAAUUUAUUCUAAAACAUUCAGGGACUACAUUUCUUAUGUCACCGGCUGUGGGAAGCUUAGUGGUAUUAAGACAGAUAUGAGUAUCAAUACUUAUAGAAAGGGAUGUCAUCUUCUGACUCACGAUGAUGUUAUUGGAACAAGAAGAGUGAGUUUUAUCCUCUAUAUGCCUGAGCCUGGUAGGACGUGGAAACCACACUACGGAGGUUCUUUAAGGCUGUUCGACUCAAUUGUUCCCAACGUACCCAAAUCUGAUUUCGAAUGCAAGUUGACGCCUCAAUUCAACCAAAUCGCCUUUUUUACAGUGCAGCCGGGCUUAUCGUUUCAUGAUGUUGAAGAAGUCCGCGUGGACAAACAUAGAUUGAGUAUUCAAGGUUGGUUUCAUAUCCCGCAAAAAGGAGAAGAAGGCUUUAUUCCAGGGGAACAAGAGCGUACAGAAGCACGCAGUACAUUGCAACAAUUAGAGUCGAAAGGGUUGAAAGAAUAUGAUUUUCCUAAAAUUAGAAGGACUGAAAUAUCACCAGAUGAUAUUUCCCAUUAUGAAGCUGAUGUAGACAGAAACUUGGUGCUUUCCCAACAAGAUCUCACAUACUUGGGUCAGUUUAUCAAUCCAGCUGUACUGAACACUUCGUCUGUUAAAAAGCUGAAUGAAAGUUUUGUAAAUGAGUCUGUCAUUGAAAUUCAAAGCUUCCUGAAUAACGAGUAUGCAAGUAUCCUGAAGAAAGUCUUACGUCGUCACGAGUUAGAUGGCUCGUUACCUCAAAAACAAGAUGAAGUUGAAUUUCCUUGGAAAUUGGCUAUUCCACCCCACAAGCAACGAUACAUAUACAUGGACGGAUUGGACGAACAACCUAUAGAUAACGCUGACACCAUAGACUUUGUUAACCACGUUGCCCCACAGGAAUUACCUAAUUUUGGCAUGACUUCAAAAUAUUUCAGUCAGUUGGAUUCUGCUCAGUCAGACAAGAAACACGAAACAAAAGAGGACAAUGGCUACGCAGCUUCUUCUAAGCUUUGCGAACUAGCAUCUUUGUUCAAGAGCAUAGCCUUUAAAAAAUGGUUGACCUUGGUUAGUGGUCUUGUGGUUGUGAGAGACCAGGUAUUAGUUAGACGAUUUAGACCUGGCCAAGAUUUUAUUUUGGCUACCCAAUUAGACAAGACUGGUGAAGGGCUCAUAGACGGAAUUCUAGAGGCAACGCUGAACCUUACGCCGUCAAGUGGAUGGGAAACUGGAGAGGUGGGAGGCUACGAGCUGUGUAUGAUGAGUAAUGACGACAACGAAGAAGACGAUGACCCUGCCAUAUACAAACAAUCUGAAAAUGACGAAGACGUCUUAUACACUUCUCAAGCGAGCUGGAAUAAGCUCACGAUCAUGUUACGUGACUCUUCCGUGUUGAAGUUCGUCAAAUACGUGAGCUUCAACGCUCCUGGCUCCAGAUGGGAUAUUAAUGCAACUUGGGAUGCCAAGAGUACAGACUGA